AUGUCAAGGAUGAUAUCAGUUAUUUUGAUAUUGUUUUCUGGGGUAUAUUCGGAAAAGGACUCUAUUUGGAUUGGCGAUCAAGGAGAAUUGGCUAUACAUACAAAGCUGCAAAAAAUGUGAAUGACCCUCCUCCAAUUCAAAACACAAAUUAUCCUGCGCAAUGGAGCACAGCGCCAAAAAGGACCGGAGUCUAGAGAAGAAGGGACUGCUGCAGAGUGACGAGUUAUAUCAGUAUAUCUUGGAGACUAGUGUGUAUCCACACGAACCGGAGCCUCUCAAGGAGCUUAGAGCUGCCACCGCCAGCCACCCGAGGGCUGAGAUUGCUACUGCACUAGAUGCAGGUCAAUUAAUGGCCAUGCUGUUGAAGCUCAUAGAUGCAAAGAAAACGAUUGAAGUUGGCGUUUUCACCGGAUACUCUCUCCUCCUUACUGCUCUUGCAAUUCCCGACGAUGGCAAGAUUGUAGCCAUAGAUGUGAAUCGUGAGACGUAUGAGCAAAUAGGGCUUCCAAUCAUAAAGAAAGCCGGUGUUGAGCACAAAAUCGACUUUAUUGAAUCCCAGGCACUACCGGUUCUUGAUAAGCUGAUAGAAAAUCAUGAAAACGAAGGCGGUUUCGACUUUGCUUACGUUGAUGCCGACGAGGUCAACUACUGGAACUACCAUGAGAGGUUAAUGAAGCUGUUGAAGGUGGGUGGUUUAGUUGUUUAUGAUAACACCCUCUGGGGAGGAACGGUUGUAAUGCCUGAUGAGUUGACUCCAGAGCACAAGAAACUAGGCAGACAUGCGACUAUUGAGUUUAACAAGUUACUUGCAGCCGAUCCUCGUGUCCAGAUUUCGCAUGCUUCUUUGGGUGACGGGAUCGCAAUUUGUCGUCGUCUUUACUGAUUCUUGCUUGAAAGAUGUAAUCUUACAUGUCUAAAGCUCGGGGAUUUGGCAAUUUCCCCUGACUAAUGAAAUAAUGUAUUGUUGCACUAGGGAACCCACCGGAGCCGGAGCGAAAACUAGUCUUCGUGCAACUGUCGCUGCUUAUGGAUAUCUGGACCUUAUUGUAUAUAAAUAAUUGUAUUAUAUAAAUAAAAAGAAUUUUAAAUGAUAAUAAAAAAAUUCAGGGAUCUUUUCUUGA